AGACACUUAGAAGCAUUAGCACGGAAGAGUUGGUUUGGUCCAAGAAGUAGAAUCAUAAUAACUACUGAAGAUGAACAUUUGUUGAAAAGCUGUGAAAUUCAGACUGUAUUUAAGGCUGGCAGACUAAAUAAUGAUGAAGCUCAACAACUUUUUAGUCAAAAAUCUCAUUGUGAAAAUGAUUUUUUGGAUUUGUGCAAUGAUUUUGUCAAUUAUGCUCAGGGCAAUCCUUUGCUUCUUACAGUUCUGAGUUCCUAUUUGUGUGAAAGAACAAAAGAGGAAUGGGAAAGUUCUUGGGAAAAAAUAAAAGAAAAAGAAAAUAUUCUAGAGAAACUUCAAAUAGCAUACAAUGGAUUGGAGGAGUUGGAAAAAAAAAUUAUUUUUGGAUAUUGCAUGUUUCUUCAAAGGGGAGGACCAAAAUCGAGUAGCUGAUAAUAAAAGAAAGCUCAUUGACAAAUCUCUAAUUACUAUUGUAGAGGAGAAAUUCUGCAUGCAUCAUUUAAUACAACAAAUGGGUUGGAAAAUUGUUUAUGAGGAAUCAAUAAUGAAUCUUGGUAGAUGCAGUAGGUUGUGGCAGUGUACUGAUGUCCUUUAUGUAUUGCAGAACAAUAUUGGAACAGAACGAAUUGAAGGCAUGAUGCUCAAUUUGACUCCAAAUGAAGAAAAUGAAGAACUGAAUGUUGAUCCAUUCUCUAAGAUGAAUAAACUAAGAUUGCUCAAAAUAUGUAAGCUGCACCUUCCUUGUCUCAGUAAUCUUUCAAAUGAGUUACGUUUAUUGGAAUGGCAUGAAUAUCCUUUGAAAUCAUUGCCAAAGAGUUUCCAGCCGCCUGAACUUGUUGAGCUCAUUAUGCAUCGCAGUGGUAUUAUGCAACUUCCAACGGAACUUAGUGUAUGAUUUUAAC